AUGGAGAUCAUGAAUAAGACUAUCUCCCUUGCACUCUAAAAAGAUAUUACUUUUGUCCUAUAAUUUGUUCCUUCCGCUUAAAACCUUGCUGAUGCUCCUUCAAGAUAGAAGAUUAAAGGACAUAUUGAUGACUGCUAUCAACUGACUUCGAACAUUAUAUCAGCUGAUGAGGUAAUUGCUUACUUUGAUGUGCUACCUAAAGAGUCACACCAUGACAUGAAUACAGUGGUCGUAAAUUACCUUCAACACUAAAAGAAGAGAGCUUAUAUGUAUAAACACUUUCAGUUAUACAUCUUGGAUAACAAGGACUUUUUCCUGGAGACAGAGACCAAGUAAGUGGCCCUUACAACUGCUAUUGCUGAAGCUAUUAUGCUUUAUAAUUGGACUCCUGUCUCACAUAAAGUCGAAUGGUAAAGAGUCUUGGAAACUCUAAGUGACCAUAAGAGGCUAUUAUCUAAGGCUCUCGAUCUAGCUGAGGUCUAAAAUGAUAGAUCAAGAUUGAAAUUAAUGAACACAUGGACCAGAUCAAUGAUACCAAGUACCAUUAGGAUAGAAACGUGA